GCGUUUCACUCGGAAGAAGUUUUACGAGCCACAAUCAUGUCCGACCUGCCAGACGAACUAUGGUGCACAAUAUUUGACUACCUCGAUCUGGUCACGCUGAAGGAUGCGUCUCUGGUUUGUCGCCGAUGGGCGGAUCUUACCUUUUCGGGGAAACGGAUGAAUCGAGUGGCUCUUGAUGGUUGUUUUUUUCCUGAAAGCAAUCGAAAUUAUCGUCACGUUCGACUCGCCUAUAGUUUGAAGACGAGGUUUGACGACUGGUGCCAGGUAGUACGCAAGUACAGUCCUUCGAUAGUAACACUGGAAAUCGAGAUGUGUUCUUUCAUCACCUCACUUGAGUUACAAACACUGCUCGCACAUCUUCCCAGUUUAUACCAUUUAACGAUUAGGAACGGUUUUAAAGAAUGUACUGAAUCGAUUAUACCCUAUGAACUCCUACCAACGCUGAAAUAUCUGAGUUUUGAUAAGAACCAGGACUCAUCUGCGGCGGUUAGAUUGUGCAUGGCUGCGCCUAAUUUGGAAUGUCUUCACAUGAACUGUACUGCUGCGCGAGAGUUAGAUGUGUACCGACAUUUCAGUGGCCAAUUGAAGCUGGUUUAUGUAGCAUUCCUAACACCCAAUUUUUAUAAUCCUUUUAUGGAACUGAAUUUUCCUUGUCUGGAAGAGUUGUCAAUCUAUGAAAUGUUAGAUGAGCCUGAGUAUGAUUUAGAGACAAGCCAAGAGUUCUUUCGAAGGCACACCUCCCUUCGGCGACUUUCCAUCAAGAGCCAUUUCAUUCCCAAUUCGUUGAUUCAAAUCAUCACGGGCUACUGUGAUCAACUGACACAUUUAUCGCUGAAUUUUCGAAUUCCAACGCGAGACGGUGGAACGUUUGGGUCACUGUCGCAACUAACUGGGCUCAAGUAUCUUAAGUUGGAAGGAUAUCUUGAGUCGGACAUUUUUCAAGGAUGUAAUGCGAUGCAUUCACUCGAAACCAUCGAGGUUGGUGAAUUCCAUUUGUUUUUUCCGGUGGAACUCUUACACAAGCUCUACACUGUGGCUCCACGGUUGACGUGCUUAAAAUAUGAACCAAACUGGUUGCCGGAUACCACAGACAAUGAUCUUGUCCUACGAUACAUCUUUAGCAGUUUCCCGAAACUUACUCGUUUGACGCUGAGCGAGUAUCCAGGCAUGUGGCGAGAAUUGGACUAUUUGAAAUUUGAAAGGUAUUACAUUGACAAAUUGCGGAAGCUUCGGGAAUUUGAAGUACGGUGUUGGUCUACGAAAACAUGCAAAAUUUAUAAGUACUUCCCUCGCAACAAUGUUCGCUACUUAGAAAUAAUCGGUCAUGACCCGCUAUUCUACAAACACAAGGUGCUGCCGCUCCAUCACAAUAAGCUCCAGCGAUUGAUCCUUGUUCCGUGCGACCGCAAUGAUUCCGAAUCCUCUUUUGAAUGGGUACACCGUUUGUUACCCAAAACCAGAAUCUACGUGCGACGCUCGGUAUGGCUGGAGAAUCUGCAUCAGGCGUGUUACGGUGGAUUAGUAUAA